AUGUCUUCGUGCUGUGGUUCAGUGUGUCUACUGGUCUUACUGGGAGUUGCGUUGGCAUGUGGAAGUCCUUUACAUUUGCCCGAGGACCUGAUACACCUUCAAGAGUCCAUCGCAGAUCUGCUGGCGCUGAAGGAGCCGGAGAUCGGCAGCAAACCUCUCUUCAGUUCUGUCAUCAAGAGCGUCGACACCUCGUGCCAGAGAAAAGAAGACAUACUGCUGAUGAACGCCACUCUGGACGUCUACAUGCACAUCUUCUCCAGCAUCCUGCAGCACGGCCACCGGCACCACGACGGGACCGUGACCUCGGCUCUGCUGAAAAACCUGCCGGGCUCUGAGAGGAGCCGCGUGAACUCGGCUCUGACGAAGCUCCAGCAGAAGAUGGGGGAGCUGAGGAGACGCCUGGGCCAACCGAACCACAACAAACAGGAUAUGCUCAGCGAGCUGAACAAAAUAAAGGUCGACGACCCCAUCGACCAGAGGAAGGCUCUGGCUGAGUUCCAGCAGGUGUACCGGACGGCUUCUUUGAUUGGCUCCCACAGCUGA